AUGAAUAACAGCGAUGAAUAUAGAGGAACAGGAUCGCUUAAUCGGCGGCAGAGACUUAUGAAUAUCAUGAAGACUACGCGAGACGCGUACAUCCCGGCAUUUACAACAACUCUUUCACAGUUCAGAUCAGAAGCCAGUAGCACCAUAAAGGGUUACUAUGACAGUGCGAACCACACUGGAGCAACUCAGGGCGUGCGCACCUGGCCGGUCGAUAUGAAAACACUGAUUUACCCAUCGUACACGCGCAUGGUGGACCAGAGGUAUUUCGAGACACAUAUUAGGGGUCUCGUUUUCUCACCGGGGACUAUGAACCGUAAGUCGAGACUCAUCUUAUCUCUGUGCCGGCAAUUAGUUCGCCCUUCUUCGCCUAGCGAGAGAGCGGCUUUAGAAGAGCAGCUGGAAGCACCACUGAAUGAUUCGCAGUCAAUCUCAGAUAGCGCAUCUACACAUUCAUCGCUUAGCCUAGAUAACAGCGAUGAUGAUACCCUCCGUUCCAGAAUUUCUGGAUUUUUGCAUAAGCACAUCAUGGGAGUGACACUGACUAUAGACAUAUCAGACGGGUCUUCCUUGAAAGAAAGAACAUCUGUUGUUACAGACAAUUAUGGGAACUACGAUGUAAAAGUUGCAACUCAAUUCCAACCCCAAAACAUAACCAUUAAUAUCGAUACCAAAGAUGGCUGCACCGUCAACUGUCCUAUCAACAUUGUAAAAGACCAAGGCUUCGCUUUAAUAAGCGACGUGGACGACACUAUUAAGCACACAGGAGUAACAGGGGAUAAGAGGUCGAUGUUCAGUAAUGUUUUCGUGCAUGAAUUUAAAACAUGGGCGAUCCCUGGGAUGUCCCUGUGGUACAAUACACUCAAAGAUUCCGAAGGUGUUGACUUCUUUUAUGUUUCUAAUUCUCCAUUUCAAAUCUAUCCUGUUCUUGAAGACUACGUGUCCAAGCACUUUCCAAUGGGCCCACUCUUUCUGAAGCAGUACUCUGGAAAUCUAGUCUCGAGCCUCAUGUCUUCCAGUGCCAAAAGAAAAUUAGGAACCAUCCUUGGAAUUCUGGCUGAUUUUCCUCACAAGCGUUUUAUCCUUGUUGGUGAUUCUGGGGAGGGAGACUUAGAAGCCUACACUGAGGCAGUUAAGCUGUUUCCAAAUCAAAUUCUUGGAGUAUACAUUCGUUGCUGCAAGGACUCGAUGAGUGAUGUCGCAGCCUAUGGCCACAAAGUGAUAGAUGAACUCAAUGCCUUGAUAGAGAAAAAGUAUUACAGCAAAACCAAUAUUCCCUCGACCAGUGGAGAAGUUUCCAGCACUCGAAAGGAUUUGACAAAAAGCCCAAGUAUUCCUGACCUCAUUCAGCUUGAUGAUGUUAAAACACCACCUUUGAAACCCACAAAAAAGCCUAUGCUGACUUCAGCGCAGAGGCAGGAAAUUGAAAGUUCCAAGAAAGCUCAACCACCGCUUCCACCGAGAAAACACCGUACCUUUCCAAGUAGCAUAAAAGAACCUAGUACUGUAAAUCGGAGCGCCACCGAUGACGCUAUAUAUUACACACCAUCAUCGCAGAACGACUACGGUUCUUAUCCCACGUUUUUUGAUUCUAAAGCAGAUUCAUGGCGCCAGAGAGUAGUACAAACAAUAAAGGAACUGAAAAACUGUAAUGCACAGACACGUCUCCAGUUCUUUACAGAACCAGAGUUAUGUUUAGAAGACAGCAUCGAAACCAUCAGGAAAGAGAAAGCGCGAAACAUAGCCUAG